AUGGAACGCAGAAGAAGAAGAGAUGACGAAGCCGAUGAGGGUAUCAGUGAAGAUGAACGUGCAAUCCCUCCCUCUUCACCUCAAGGACCCUCCCACGUAGGUAGAUCGUCUCCACUAGGAUCGCCGGAAGCGAUAGAUUUCGAAAACCCAGACGGCGAAGAGAUUGGGCAAGAUGGUGAUUUGGAUGAAAUGGAAGAACAACUGGACGAGGUGGAUUUGAUGGGUGAUGAUAUGUACCAGGACUAUGGCUCGGACGCCCGUCGCGAUACAUACGAAGACGCUGGGGUGGAUAACCGUGAACAAAGAGAACUGGAUAUCGCUGCGAGGCGCAGAAUUGAUUACCAGUUGAACGAGCGGGAUAGACUCCUGCGAAAUGAAGUGUAUAUGGAUGACGAUGAUGAUAUUGCCAAUGCACAGGUCGAUGACAUGGGUCUUCCUGUACAGAGACGUCGCCGGAGGCGGCAAUAUGAGGACGAUGACGACCUUCUUUCAGAUAUCGACAUCGACCCAUUGGCAGAAGAAUUAACUUUGGAGUCACUCAGUGAUGUGAAAGCAGCUAGCUACACCGAAUGGAUCACUCAAGCGAAUGUCGCUCGCACGAUUGCCAGGGAAUUGAAAUCCUUUCUGCUCGAAUAUACGGAUGAGUGGGGUAGAUCUGUCUAUGGUGCUAGAAUCAGAACUUUAGGUGAAUUGAACUCGGAGUCUUUAGAAGUGAACUACAGGCAUUUGGCAGAUUCCAAGGCCAUCUUGGCGCUUUUUCUGGCCAAAUGUCCCGAAGAAAUGCUCAAAAUCUUUGAUAUCGUUGCCAUGGAUGCAAUCCAGCUGCACUACCCCGACUACGCUAGAAUCCAUUCCGAAAUACACGUAAGAAUUUCAGACUUCCCCACCGUCUUGACUCUUCGAGAACUGAGAGAAUCAAACUUGAACUCGCUGGUGCGUGUAAGUGGUGUUGUUACUAGAAGGACCGGCGUAUUUCCUCAAUUGAAAUAUGUGAAGUUUAAUUGCCUAAAAUGUGGAGCAGUUUUGGGACCUUACUUUCAAGAUUCCAACGAGGAAAUCAGGAUAUCCUUUUGCACCAAUUGCAGAUCUAGAGGCCCAUUUAGAACUAAUGUUGAAAAAACUUUAUACCGUAACUACCAGCGCAUUACAUUACAAGAAGCGCCUGGAACGGUUCCUGCGGGGAGAUUGCCAAGGCAUAGAGAGGUGAUCCUGUUAUGGGACCUUGUUGAUAUUGCCAAACCCGGUGGAGAGAUCGAGGUCACAGGUGUUUACAAGAAUACUUAUGAUGGAAAUUUAAAUGCGAGAAAUGGUUUUCCUGUUUUUGCCACCGUUAUCGAAGCCAAUUCUGUAAAAAGAAGAGAUGGAGGGCACAGGAGUGGAGAUGACGAAGAGGGUCUAGAUACAUUUGGCUGGACGGAAGAAGAAGAACGAGAGUUCAGGCGUAUGUCAAGAGAUCGGGCUAUUAUCGAUAAGAUCAUUUCUUCCAUCGCCCCUUCAAUAUAUGGUCACAAAGACAUAAAGACAGCGGUGGCAUGUUCGCUAUUUGCAGGCGUACCAAAAAAUGUUAAUGGCAAGCACUCAAUUCGUGGGGAUAUUAAUGUUCUGCUUCUCGGUGACCCUGGUACAGCUAAAUCUCAAAUUUUAAAAUAUGUUGAGAAGACUGCUCAUAGAGCAGUUUUCGCUACCGGACAAGGUGCUUCUGCUGUAGGUCUGACGGCGUCUGUUCGGAAAGACCCGAUUACAAAGGAAUGGACCCUAGAGGGAGGCGCUUUGGUGCUGGCUGAUAAAGGUGUAUGCUUGAUUGAUGAAUUCGACAAAAUGAACGAUCAAGAUCGAACCUCCAUUCAUGAAGCAAUGGAGCAACAGAACAUCUCGAUAUCCAAAGCAGGUAUAGUGACAACUUUGCAGGCAAGAUGUGCUAUUAUUGCAGCAGCUAACCCUAAUGGAGGACGGUACAAUUCUGCACUGCCCUUAGCACAAAAUGUAGAUUUAACAGAACCCAUUCUUUCCCGUUUUGAUAUCCUAUGCGUUGUACGGGAUUUAGUUGACGAAGAGAAAGAUGAACGACUUGCACGAUUUGUUGUGGAUUCUCACGUUAGGUCACAUCCUUUGGACGACAUUACUAGCGAGGAAAAUCAUGCAGGUAAUGGUGCUAAUCAAAUGGAAGUAGAAGGAGACGACGAAAUUGUAUCCGCAAGACAGAGGCGUUUACAAAGAGAGAAGCAAAGAGAAGGCGAAAUAUCGCCCAUAUCACAAGAAACUUUAAUGAAGUACAUCCAGUAUGCAAGAACGAAAGUUUUCCCCAAGUUGCAUCAAAUGGACAUGGACAAGGUGAGUAGAGUCUAUGCAGACUUAAGGCGUGAGAGUAUCACGACUGGUUCUUUCCCCAUAACUGUACGUCAUUUAGAGUCAAUCUUGAGAAUAGCGGAAUCGUUCGCCAAGAUGAGGCUCUCUGAGUUCGUCUCGUCAUGGGAUCUGGACAGGGCCAUUAAAGUGACGGUCGAUAGUUUUGUUGGAGCUCAAAAAAUUAGUGUUCGGAGGCAGUUGCAAAGGUCAUUUGCUUUGUACACUCUAGGCCAAAACUAA